CCCGCGGCGGAGACUACGAGACGUCGGGGGACGGGCAUCGCUGCUUGCUAGAGAAGUGAAAGCGCUCGAAAGUUUGUUUUCUUGCAGGCUCUGAUACCCUUCUCAAGACAUGGAGGGCAAGACCGAGGAGACGGGCCAAGCAGAAGACACCCCUGCACCUUCAGUGGCGAAGCUUGCCGGAAUCUUCGGUGAUCAAGUGAACUGUCCUAAGAAGGAGGCACCUCCCCAUAAACCCACUCGAAGGAAGCCGCCAUGCUCGCUGCCGCUGCCAACGAACAAGCCAGAGUCUGCUCAAAACAAUCAUGAGAAAGUGUCUCCUCAAGCUCCCCACUUACCGAAGAUCAAGGUGAAAAGUUCCCCUCUGAUUGAGAAGCUGCAGGCAAACUUAGCUUUUGCUCCUGCGUCGCUACUUCCAGGAGCGGUGUCGCCGAAGAGCCCCGGACUGAAAGUUAUGGCCUCCCCAUUUAGCAGCCCCCCUUCUACACCAAGCAGCCCCGGAGGCCAGUCUCGCUUUAGUGAAUCAGAUGAAACGCCUGUAAGUUUUGAGCAGCCACCGGAGGGCGCUCAUCUCCAAAGCUUUACUAAGGUUCGCACAAGAGGCUCCAUAAAACGUAGACCUCCAAGCCGGCGGUUUAGGAAAUCCCAGUCAGACAUAGGCAGUGAAGGUGACAUCUUAGCAGGCAUAGCGCCAAAAGAAAAUGGGGACAAAGAAGACGAGGGGGAUGAAGUGUUCAGUGCAAAGGCCACAAGCCAAAACGCAGAAGAUGUAAAUAAGACACCAAAAGACAAGUCAGUAGAGAGUUCCAAGGAUGGUCCAGAAAAGCAUGAGGCUCAUAGGGAUGCGAAGGAGCCUGCAAAUGAGGAUGGCUUGGAGGACAAAGAAGAGCAACCCGACUCUGUCCAAGAAGGGGACAAGAAUGAAGCAACUGAGAAGACCACUGGCGAAACAGAUCCACAAGAGGUCCCAAAACAACCAAACAUUACAAUAAACAUAGAAGAUACCAGCGGACAGGAGACAGUGCGGCCAGAUCAAAAUAAAGAAGGCCGGUCUGGAGAAGAGGAAAAAAAUGAUCCAGAAAAAUAACAAGAGCUAAACUGACCAACUAGACUGCAGCCCGGCAGCCGGCACACGGGGGUUACCAGAGCUAGAACCUCACAUCUAGAAC